UUCAUUUUGAUUUAUGAUAAAUCAUCAAAAUGAUUUAUGAUAAAUCAUCAUCGUUUUGAUUUAUGAUAAAUCAUCAAAAUGAAUUUAUGUUGUAACUGUUGUUCAUUUGGGUUCGGGUUUUUAUUAAUCCCAGUUUUCUCUCCAGGCCACCAGAUUUUGUGAAGCUUAGCUGUAUCUGUCACUUUUUCUAGACAGAGGACCGAAUGCCUCUUCAUAAUUAUUACGAGUCGCUGGAACUUUCAUCUCAGUGUUCGGCUGAAGACAUAAAAGAAAGUUACCGACGAUUGGCCAAGCAGCUUCAUCCUGAUAAGUCAAACUCAUCAUCGAAUAGCCCGGCGGAUCCCUCCAGAUUUCUUCUGAUCAGCGAAGCGUAUCGUGUCUUGAGCAAUCCCGAAAUUAGGAAAGAGUACGAUAAAUGCAGACGAGACGCAGAGAAGGCUCAUCUGAUAUAUGCAGAAGUGGAUUUAUCCGAUUUAGUUUAUUUGGAAGAUUUUGCCACCUUCUCAUAUCCAUGCCGAUGUGGUGAUUCCUACUGUUUGUCUCAAGACCGACUAAAGACGACCCGAACCCCGCAGUUGGUUAUUCCUUGCUCUUCGUGCUCUUUUGUGCUUCUCGUCAAUCGGAAUGGGGAAUGAAUUUUAUUAGACUUUGAUUGCUCGUGAACUGGCGCGAAAGAAUUGUUGAAGUUUUUCUGGUGUUUUCGUAUCAUGGUAAUGACUGUUGGUCCAUAAUUGGCUAUUCUCAUAAAAUGUGUUUUCAACACAACUACCAUAACGUAAAUACAAAUUUUUGCCGCACUUUUAUGUUUUUUUUUGGGUAAAUUAAACAGUCUGGUGAACUAAAAAUUGCUCCUAACCCUUUGUUGCACUAACGAUAGUUUUUCUAAUGACGGAUAAUAAGUGUUGCAUGAAUUAUCAUCACAAAGGGCAUCGAAGAAAGAAAGAAAGCAAGAUUGUCACUGCGAAUUGCGAUUCACUACUGUUGG